AUGACACAGAUGUACCUAUUGGGCAAAUAUCUUGAUCCUACGCUAGCCGUUGCAGUGGGAUUGGCCAGUUAUUACUUUUAUGAGAGGCGGAUGAGCAGCACAAGUACCAGUGCCAGCGGAAGACCCACGUUAUUGACCUUGUUGAAGAGUCGAUACAACAAGGGCCAGUGA